GGGACGAGGAAGGAAGAGAGGUCGCCGGAAAAAAUGGCGGACGCAUGGAAGACUGAUGAGUGGAGCAAUAAUAAGAAUAUCUUCGGGAUAAGUGAUGAAAAAGACGGGUAUUGACUUCCGUCCUCAAGGGCUAAGCAACAGAAAAUAGAAGAUUGAAAUAACAGCGACAGAAAUGAGCCGAAAAGAGUUUCACAAGAAAAAAUAUGACGAAUUUGUCGAAAAGCAAGAAAACCAUAGGGGAAGAAAGUUUGCUGCCUCACGAAGAAAAAUGAGAAAUCCAUCUCAUGGGAGAUCGAAAGCUUUUAAACUGAAUAUCGAAAUGAUGAAUGCGGACAGGGAGUCAAGAGAAUCACUUUCUCGUAUUCAGCAAUCUCGCGCGGAAGCAAGUAGCUCGAAUUUAUCCUGUUUAGAGACUAAAGGCAGUUGUCGCGAAGAAACUAGAGCCAAGAAAAAUGAAGAACAAAGCUCUGUUGUUCGAGAUAUCCUUUUGUGUUAAUUUUUUACCAGUCACAGUGGAGGUGUAUUCUGAUUAAUUCGUCUGGCUGCUUUAUGCUAAGAUUUUCACUACUUAAAGAUAAAUUAAUUUUAAAAUUUCUGUGUAGCCUCCAUACAUUAGCAUCAUGCAAGUACAAAAUACAGGUCACAUCAUUCCAUGGGUUGGCUUACAGGACACAGGGUGUCACAAGACAAAUUAUUUAAAGGUCUGGCCCCAGUUGUUUAAAAGGCGGAUAGCACUAUCCACCUGGCCCUGGUUGUUCAAACGUUGGAUAGUGCUAUCCACCGGAUAAAUCACUAUCCAGCAGAUAAGUGUUAUGGAAGGCGAUUAAGCUAUCCGCUGGGUAGUGAUUUAUCCGGUGGAUAGCGCUAUCCAACUUUUAAACAACUGGAGCCAGAUAAAUCUCUAUCCACCGGAUAGCGCAAUUGGUUUCCCUAAUAUUUAUCCACUGGAUAGUGAUUUAUUCAGUGGAUAGCGCUCGCUAUCCAGCUUUUGAACAACUGGGGCCAGAACUUUAUUAUCUUCGUCAUCAUCAUUUGAGCUGUGAAGCCAGCUAUGCCUACAAUUUUUAAGUCAUUUGUUGAUAAAGCACUGACUGGUAAUCUUGAUCUGUGGAAUGUGACCUUAGUGCAUUUGUACCUGCCAAUACUUUACAAGGUACCCUGUAAGCAGUGGUUUCUCCAGGCCGGAUGCAACAGGAGUGGUUUCUCUCACUUCAUAGUAUUAAGUGUCCAUCCUGAAGAAACCACUGUGCACAGGGUAUUUACAAGGCUGUGCUCUGAGAAAAAUUGAGAGGAGCCCAGUUCUUUGAACUUAUGAAAUCCAGAGUGCCCAGCAUAUAAUAACAUUAUUUCUAUGCUAGGGACUAAAAAUAGGUACCAGGGGCCAUGGGACACUGCUAGAGUGCAGCCUUACUUUAGUUAAUCUGUUAUUCUCGGUAAACAAAUGGGAAAUUUCUUACUGCACUGUCCUAUUGAGUUAUGGUUGCAAUGGUAGGGGAACCACUGAAGUUGUUCAAUCAGUUCCAAGUUUGUCCACACCCUACUGCCUGCUGAUAUGAUAUUUGACCAAUCUGUUGGCCAACAUGUAUUUUAGGUUCUUAAUGUUACAAGAAAAGCAGUGAUUGUGAACAGAGUGGGUCUCUGAAAAUCUCAAUGCAAGUUGCUAUGGCAUGUAUGUGUUAAGUACAUUUCAAGCUACCGUUUAAAAUGAAAUAAUAAUAACACUUGCUCCCCUCAGAGUUUCCAUCUAAAUUUUAUCAUAAUUGUUAUUCCUUAACUAUGAUUACAAAUUCCAGGGUUCUAUUAUGACCCAGCAAAGAAAAGAUACUUCAGAAUUUCCAAAGACCAUCCUGGCAAGAAGUUUGUUUUAUGUCAGUGUGGUGGGUGGAAAGAUGUCUCACACCAAAGUAACAAUAGAGUAAUUCCCAGUAAUAUCAAGGUCAAUAAAGUAAGUACAUUGUUGUAUUUCUGUUUAAUCAUUUACCAUAUUGGUGGCAUGGAAUAAUAGACCUAAGUGACUUGUGAUGUUUUAUCAAAUUCUCUAUUAAAAAAUAGAAUGUUAUUAUUUAUUCCAUUCUUUACAGUCGUAGUCACAACACUCAUUACAGUCACGACACUCAUUACAGUCACAACGCUAGUCACAGUCAUAACACUUGUCACAGACAUAACACUUGUCCCAUUCACAACACUCAUCGCAGUCACAACACUUGUCAGUUUAUCAGAAGUCACUUGGGGCUUUUUUAGGGAUGAAAAGGUUUACAAUAAAGAAAUUUCUGGUUGUCCUGUGAUUCCAGAGACCAGCAAAGAUGUCCAUUGUUCAGCACCUUCAACAGAGGCAGUAUGUCUGUUCAUCUCAAGCCCCACAAAGGUAACUUAGCGUCCUCUGUGACCAAGAAUAAAGUUAGCCAAGGGUGAUUUGUUCGCUGAUGUUGGUAAACAAGAAAUCUCUUGUUAAUUUAUUGACAAGGCUAAAAAUAUAUAUUAAAAAAAAAAAAAACUCUAAAUGUUUUCGACACCAGGAUCUGAUGACCUAGUGUUGACAAUGUUCGGAUUUUUAUUUUUUAAAUAGAUAUUUUUAGACUGCAAAUAGUUCACUUUUUAGCCUUAAGCGAAUUUUAAGGACAAGAAAUUUCUUACUCCUAAAGAAUGUUUUUUUGCACAUGACUGAAGAUAAGGUAGUACAUCAUAACCCAACCCCCAUCUACUGUUCUGUAACCAUAAAACACAAAGGACAGGUGGGGGAAGGGCAGGGUACAAAAAAUGUGCUGUUCAACAGCCCAGAGCUGGUGGAGCAACCCAUGUUUUUAUUACGAGUUAUCCAAUGAGCAAACAACAUUUGCAGAGAAAAUGCAGUAACUGGGCUAGUAAAUUAUUUUGUAAACUCGACUUGCAGCCACUUUUUGUAGUGAAAGAGUUGACUGUGUAUGAUUUAUCCUUUAAGUUGUUACCUUCAUCUUUCUUCAGAAAUAUGUUACAAAAGCUCAUUCGUCUCUUGAAAGUGAAGCAGAGGUUAAGCUUAGACCCUGUCUCUGGAAAUGACAUUCCAGCGCAUAGAUAUGCCGUGUUCAGAAUAGAGGUGAGUGCCAUGCUGUACAUUUUUUUUAAUAUUCAGGCAUUCAAAUACCGGGUGUGACAAAUGCUGGUAAAUAAGGUUAUUUCUCAAUAGCAUUUGCAAUAUUUUGUAUGGAUUGCAAUGAUUGGACGCAGUAUUUUGUGAUUAGUGUUUUGGAAUAACACCCUAUUACAAACCUCAAAAGCCACAUAAAAAUGUCAUGAAUGGUAAGCUGUUUGUUUGUUUAUUAUUUAUUUAUUUCAACAUUUCAACACUGGAAAUGGAAUUUUGCAUAGUGCUCUACCUGCAAUUUUAGUAGAUAAAUAACUCAAAUAAAUAAAUGAAUUUUAUUUGAAUGAAUAAAUUACUGAAUAUAGAAUGAAGAUGAUGUGAACUGUGCAAAUAAAAAAUUAAAUGAAGAUAUGAUUGGUGCAGUGGUAACUGUAAUUUAAGCAAUUGCAAAUUAACCCUAAAAAAUUUCAGGACUUCAACAGGAUUUAAACCCAUGGUCUAGCACUGCAGUGCUCUACCAACUGAGAUAUGUUUUGGCAUUAAUUUGCAAUUGCUUAAAUUGGAAUUUCCACUGUAACAAUCAUAUAUUUAUUUAAAUUACUAAAUAGUUAAAAAAAUAGUAGAGUUGUUUUUACCAAGUAAGUAAGAAUUUAACUUAAAUUAUUAAAUGUAAAUCUAGCAUGCAUGAUAAGGUGAGGCUGAAGAAGACUCACCUACAUUGUGCACGCCUGUACAGUACAGUUCAUCCCUGAUUGGGGUAUAUCACAGAAAAGCAACAACAUUUCCAGAUCACUAUUGCAGGUAUGAGUGACUGAGUUUCAAUAAUUCCCUGAUGAACAUGUCCACAGGGAAACCUUUAGUUAAGCUCAGUCUCCCUGAGGAAAUGGCCAAGUGAGUUUGACUGUAUUAUCUUUUAUUUUUUGAACAGCCAGAUGCAAAUCAUAAAAGGCUUCUAACAUUAUAUGAGACUGUACCACCUGGAAACCAAAUGUAAGUUUUUCCAAAAUUAAAAAAUAAUAGACUUUUUAGUGGACUACUUUUUUGUGGACUAAAGGAUCAUGUAAUAUGCAUUGAAAAACUGGUGCAAAUAUUCGAAUGCAUUAUACGUAAAGCUCUUUUUACUGUCUCUUGGCUCUUAUUACCAUCGUCAACAUCACCCCAUCACUUUCAUAUGAAAUUACAGGUAAAGGUAGGUAAAGGCACACAUGAGCCAAAGGCCCAAACAGUUGGAGCUUAUCCUGGUUUCCUACUCCUCCCUGGGCAGGAUGCUAGUCCAUCGAAGGGUUACCCCCCAGUAGUACAUGUAUGUUGCUGAUACCCAUUUAUACACCUGGUUGAAGAGAGUCAAAGUGAAGCAAAGUUCCUUGUCUAAGGAAACAACACAAUGGGCAAGGCUUGAACCCCGGACCUCCAGAUCUGGAGUUCAAGGUGUUAACCGCUUGGCAACACAUGCCUCCACUAUGAAAUUAUUGAUGUGGCCAAUAGUUCGAAAAAUGCUUUGUCCUGCUUUCUUGCUUCUCCCCCUAGAUUUUAUGCUUUGUAAAUUAUCAUACAUAAUUAUUAAAUUAUCAUAAUCAUCAAUUUUGUCAUCAUUAUCAUUCUUAUCAUUGAUAUUGUUGUUGCUAACAUCAUUAUUAUCAUCAUCAUUGUCAUCAUCAUCAUCAUCAUCAUCAUCAUUGUAACAAGGUUCAUUGUCAUUAUCAUUGUAAUCAUCACCAUCAUUGUUGUCAUCAUUGUCAUACCAAAAAGUAGACAUUAUCACUGCUACUGUCAGAACAGAUGCUUAGGGUGGGAUUUUUUUGUGUGUGUGUUUUAGAGCCCAAUUUCAUAAUUUAUCAAAUGACAGAAAGAAUAAUCUCGAGAUUGUGCAUCACAUGGCUAUGAUAAAGAAUCAGGUGGGAAUCUCUCUUACUCUUUUUUUUUUCGUAAGCACUUUUUUGUUUUUCUAUUGCUUUUGUUCCUUGUAUUCUCCUUUUUAUUGUGGUACUGUGCAAAUAUAUUGUAUUAUUGAUAAACGAUGUUGUAGAAAAUCAUUUUUAAAGUUUUUAUACAAGUACUGAACCUGUCCUGCUUUCUAUCAUUCUAGAAAAUAACAGGUCUAUUGUGGAGUCCCCACGAGUCUUCAAAAAAUCUCUACUUGUAUCCUUAGUUUACAAAAAUGUACAACUAUAAUUUUAAAAGACAAUAACUAAUAUUUGCUCGUAAUGACAGAGUCUUGUUAACCGAUUCUAAGUUUUGCGCCCAGGUGAAAUUUAAGGUUAUGCAUACUUAAAAGCUGGGCUACCUGUGAUCCUACCACCACAUUUACUACAUUAAACACCGCGGCGUUUAUUAAAUUUUCUGCGUUUCUAAUUCGGCGUUCAUUCAAUGGCGGUGUUAAUGCAAUGGCGUUUAUAAUCACAUUUCGUAAAUCACUGAAAACGGUAAAUGAUUUGUAAAUAUAACGUUUAACAAAAAGAUGUUGUGGUUCCAUUAUCUCUCGUUUAAUCGUGUAUGUCUGGAUGGUGUAGAUUACCAAAUUGUUCCGAGUUUCCGCAUUCUUUCGAUUGGGUGCGGCGUUAUUCGAGGGAGGCGUUUAUUGGUAAUUUUGUUUCCAUCUGCGGCGUUUAAUUGAGUAAAUACGGUAAAUAAAACAAAAACAAGGCCCAUUAAAUACAUUAUACUAGCAUAUUUAGACUGCCAAACAGUCCGUAUUUUUGCGUUUUCAAGUACGCGCGAGCAGUCAAACAAGGUCUGGAACGAGGCUGAAAACAGAGAGCAAGACUGGGGGGUGUGUGAGGCUCGCUCGCUUCGCGCACGUAAGACUCUUACGCCACGCUUUACCGAUUUCUUUACUGAUUUUGAGAAAAAAACCGACUGUUUUGCAGUCUAUAGUAUAUUAGGACACACAUGUUUCCUUAACUACUCCUUCCAGAAUAUCUCUACUUGGACACGGUACGAUGUCUGGAGAGACCAUGAUUUUUCAAGUGGAUGGUGCUGUACAACGUAAAUGUCAAUUUUUUCAAUACGUUAAGAUGAGUGUUAAGAACAAGCAUAUAAAGAGGUCAUGUCUCACUUGGCGUGAAUCUACCAUCAAUGCGUGAUAAUACUUGUUAUUUUUAGGGACUUUACGUAACCACGACGACGACGGCAACGGGAACGUCAAAAAACAAUAGGUUUAAUGAGCAAAACAACAACUCUGCACGUGCAUCACGCUUUUUUGUACAUUUCUUUGCCUUCACUGCGCAAGUACGACGUGAAAUGACCAAAUUGUAAGUUCACUUGGGAACGGGAACGGCAAGGCGAUAAAUUCUACCAUCUCUGUCCGAACUUGAGCGCGUUCCCCUCUCUUCAGCUCCAGCCAAAAUCCCCUUGUUUUAAGUAACAGGGCAAAUUGGGAUAAUCGCGAAAAAUUUUAAAAUGAUGCGAAGUCUGUUUUUCAGCUACGUUUUCAUGGACGUCGCCGUUGUCGGAUCGUAAGGUCCCUUUUAAUAUUACUAGAAGCGAUGUUUUGCCACUUUUGGCUGUAAAAACAAAAGAUAUAAGAAGAAAAUAGUGUAUGGAUGUUCUAUAAAUACAAGAAGAAACAAUAGAAUAAUAGACUUUUUUUCUUGUAGAACAUUCAAACGCUAUUUUCUUUUGACUUGAAAAUGAGGUCAAAGAACGUCAAAACGUCAUCAUAUCCUUUUAACGUUUUUAAAAAUUUCUUUAAAUGUUUUUAAGCAAAAUUUUAUUGCAAUUUUUUGUAGCCACACCUUUAAAAUGACACGGUAAUAGUUUACCACAGCGGGCAAAUAACGCUUUUGAUGUCAAUUAUUUGUCAAUCUCUUUGGUCGAACAACAUUUUGUUUUAAUUUAUGGGAAAGGUGUUUGAGCGGGUAAAUGCCACUCGACUGUGUUGUGAAAAAGGAAUGGCAAAUCUAACCUUAUCACUCUUUUACCAUUCUCCUUGCCGUCGUCUUCGUCGUUGCUUAACUUCCCUACCAUUACGUGACUCUUAGAGGGUAACUCGUUCAACUUCUCUUUCCCGUCUUUUAGUCUGCUGACUUCACAGUUAGUAUAGGUAAUGUCCUGAUUCCUCGUAAAAGGAAGCAUUAAUAUCACUUUUGUUUUCAGAAGUUGCAGGUUUUGUCCGAGUCGCGCAGAGACGAGGGCAAUUUCUGAUACAGAGGGCAAAAUUUAUUGUUUUUCUUAAAGCGCACGUUCUUACGUAAUUUCUUAGGAAACCAUUUGUGUUUAUUUUGGAUCAACCAUAAAAGCGCGAAUGAGGUGAAAUGUUUUCGCGACAAUUUCGCCUGCCAGCCGUUGCUAGGUAAUUUUGCCUUCUGUGGAGCGAAAAUUUACAAAAAAAUGCUCUCUGUCUUGACCAAUCAGCAUUCAGUACUUUUGUCCUCUGUGUUAUAAACGUGUUUAUACCACUAAAUGAGAAAUUUCUGCAAUUUGAUUGUCUUACAGCAGUGGUAUUUCAGCUUAAUUUGAAAUACCUACAUGUGAAAAUUACAAACCUUUUGCGGGUAGUAGUAUAAACAAAUAAUAGCAUGAUUUGUACGUGAUAUUUGGCAUAAAUACCACUCAUGAUAUUUCAAAAUUGCCUCAAAUUUCGUAUAACAAUUUUGAAAUAUCACUCAUGUUAUUUAUGCCAAAUAUUACUACUAAUCAUGCUAUUACCUAUACUAACACAUCUCUGACUUUUGGUAUUUUAGGAAUAGUUGGAAGAAAUACUGUUCAUGGAAAUUCAGUGUGGACCAAUGCCUGGAGUAGAAAUCCUCUGUUCAGUCAUAUAAUCAGUAUCGGUAAGUGGUGUUCAUUUAAUGGGCUGCUUUGUCACGGCAGUUCUGUCCACUCUUCAAGUUAGUCUUUCGAGUUCAAGUUUAUUUCUUUGCCACAUUUCAAAACUAUAAAAUUCUCAAUGUAAAAAGCUAAUAGCGAGGAAUCCCAAAGGAAACCACUUGUCUUAAAAGUAAUAGGCCUCCUCUGUUAUUUAUUAUAAACCAAUUAUUAACAGAAGUGUAAUAAUUAAGUCGAAUUAAUGACGGAGCUACUUAACAGUAAACAUUAUAUCAUAUGUAUUAUAGCAUAGUUAAGCUAAAAUGCAAAGCGAAAGGGGGAAAAAAGUCUAUACUCUGUAGUAUGGAAUUAAUCGACAACAUUACUUGUAAAUGACAAGAUAACAGUUUCGUAAGAAACAUACAUGUAUCCCGUGCAUUAUAUUUUAAGUUAGACCCAAUAGAGAGAGAUUUUUGAGAACUGUUGGGCUGAACAGUUUUCAAAAACCCAAAUUGCAAUUCGUUUUACUCUUAGUUUUCAGUUUUUCCCCUCCGUGCUUUCAUUUGUAUAUGCAUAAUCAAUCAUUUGUCUUAUUCGAAUCUUCCGUUAAUGUCUUAAGGGUUCAAUUUCAUUUUGUUCAUGUUAUGGACACUACUUUGUGGCUGAAUUAGUUUAAAUUUCGAGAUUCAUUUUUAUUAGUGAAUUCCCCAUACACUGCAAUUCAGUGGCGGGCUAGCUUGCUCAGUCAGUAUGAAUUGUGGACUGCGGACUACGGACCAGGUGGGUGUGAAACGAGGAAUGUCCCAGUAUAGGGCACGGAAUACGGACUACGUACUAGGUAUAACCGUGUGAAACGCUGAGUACAGAAAGUGUAUUCAAAGCCAGACUAGCGAGUAAAAUAAAAACAUAGAUUUGCAGAUUGUGGGCUAGUGUAGAAAACGAAAUGCGCACGGAGCGCCCCUCUUUUGUUCUUCUCGUAAAUUGCUAUUCUUUUUAGGAGCAAGCAAGGUCGCCCUCACUUUGGACGUGAAUACAAGGCGGCGUGUGAUACAUGUGAGAUGUGACAGUGAUGUGUUUGCACAGGAGUUCUCGCGGAGAGUAAGAACUAUUCAAACCGUAACUAUAAGAUUUAAGUUGUUUAAGUUGGGUUCUAAAGUUUUAAGGGGCUGCUUGUAGGAAAUUUGUGUCUUAAGUGUUUCAAAUCGCGAUCAAAUACGUGUUCGUUUGUUUUUUUGUUAGUGAACCCGAGCAAAUAGAAAGUCCAUUUCAUAACUUGACAUAGAAGAAUAUUUCAUAACUUGAAAUAGAAGAAGAUUGCAGUCAUUACAUAUAAUUUAAGUCUGAACUUUAUCCAAGGCGAAGUACUUGUAUCAUUUAUCAAAAUGGCAUUACUAAUUAAAAUAGUAGUUGGAUUUGUAUAAUGAUUAUAGAUUUAGUCAGGUAAAUGAUUUUUUAUCGUGAAUAAUGACUUCUUGCGCCCUUUGUGAAGGCGGCAAGUAAGCAAUACCCCUCAAACUUCAUUUCCUCAUCAUAUUGAUGGGGUGGCGACAAACUAAGCCUGUGUUUUUUUUCCCCAGAAUCCAGUCCUGUACAAUGGAUCACGUGACGGAUAUAUACGCACGUGUGAUGUUCGUUUGUCGGGCUCCAAUUGGCCCGUCAUGUGUCUAAGCCAAGGAAAGAUGGCGUCUGUCACGUGCUUGCGCGAACUACAAGACGAAAACUAUCUGCUUUCUAGUGGAUUGGACGGAUCGGUAAGGCCUUUUGUUGAUAGAAAAAAGAUUAGGAAAAGAAUCCGACCCAUUUUUUCGGACACAGAGGGGACCCAUUGUCCUCAUCAGUGGUACUGUAACGUCUGUAUUAGCAUUUUUACCCUUCUGUGAGAAUCGUUUGACUGGAUAAGAAAGGAAGUGUCUGUUGUCCGCAUCGACAGGCGUCUGUAUUCAGCAGCUUUGAAUUUCGAGGCAAUUUAAGGCCCUUCCCCAGGGACGAGGUAAGGGCUUUUCAGUACAACGGAGUUCAACUGUAUUUUAUACGUAUGUUUUCUUGUGCAAUUAUUGUUAAAAUAGGAAUUGUAUUUAAGCAUUGCAAAGCAAAUCACAUUGUUAUUGCCGGUUUUCAGUGUCACGCCAUUCAAAGUAGAUCAAAAAAAAAACUCAAAACCAUUCAAUAGAUAAAGUUAAGAAUCUGGGAAAUGAAAGGAGGUACAUAUACAAAGACCUUCGCCAAGAUUCAAGACAGAGGAAUAUUUCGUAUACGAGACAUCCGAAGAAAUGUUUUACACAAACUUAUAGAGAUUUGUAUGGAGACGACAUGCUGGUGCUCACAUGGAGAGGCUCCAACAUGGCGGACGGAAACCAACAGAAACAUCUGUUACCGAGUUUAGCUACAAAAGCGUGAAUUUAUUCUUCGACAAACUCAUAAACAUUAAAGUAAUACUUUUUCUAAUACAUGAACUGUUCAGAUAGCAAAAUUUCCUGAAAGAAGUCAUUUUUUUAACCUACAUGACAGCUCUCGUGGCCGUCAUGUAAAUGCCGCGUCACUUAAAGGCUUAGAAAUUCAAGCGUACUCUAUCACAAAACCAAGAACCCUUUUGAAGGCAAAAUUUGUAUGAAAAUUAGUUUUCAGCUGCUUUAAUGCAACGUGAAAGUAAAAUCUCGGUAGGAUCGAUAGUUUUUUAGUUUGAAUUUUAGUGACGUCAUGUGAAAACCAACAAUUGUCUUUGUAUGUUUGGAUUUAGACUUCUCUUUCUAUUUCACGUAUUGUCGUUUCAGAUUUGGUCAUUUUAUGUGCUUCAACUUAACCUCUGUUGUGCGUGUGUUUUUUUUGUUAUUAGCUAAAACUGUGGGACGUUAGGAUGACGGCCUGUGUACAGAAUUAUACAGGGCAUGUAAACGAGAUUACACACGGUCUUCCUUUCUACCUCGACGCUAGCGACUCUCUCAUCUUUGCGGGUAAGUUUUUAGGUUUUUUAAAGCCUUUAAAAUUAUUAUCAUCGAACGCACUCUGGCUGUCAUGCUAAGGAAAUAAAUGAGCAAUUUCAGGUGAAAGAAAAGGAUCAAGUUAAUGCCUGUAAGGGCUACAUGUGAGACUGCGUUCGGGCGAUUGGAUGAUGACGUCAUUUUACUACAACUACCAGAAUUCUUCAGUUUGUUGUUUUCUUGUGUAAAUUUGGGCUAUUGUUUUUUAAACCUUAGCAGGAUUGACAAAUUUAAAUAAGAAAGCAAAAACGAAAUGAAUUUUGGUAGUUGUAGCCAGAUGUCGUCAUCGUGAAAAUGGCCCAUUCCUACGAACUCGGAGUUCGAAGAAGCACCACACAAACAAAUCAAAAAUUCAAUCGUCGCGUAAACACGAUUCCUUUUGAUAACUAUUGCUGCGUCAUUGAGAAGACAAUCAAGAAAAAUCCACAUUUACUAAUUUAAAAGUCGAGCGUUUUUUAAAGGAAUCUUAACACUGUUCUUUUCUUUUUCAGCUGGACAAGAUUCAGUGACCCGUAUAUGGAGUGUGUCAAGCGGUGAACUGCUUCACUCAAUACCAUUUCCCAACGAUGUGGACAAGUCACUGAGUUCCAUUCCUGCUCUUUACUAUUCAGAGGAAUGGGGCGGGAAGGGGGGCAUGCCGGGAUUGCUCUAUGGGGCUGGUGACUCCAUUUAUGUUUACUCUUACUGAAAUUGUACAAAAAAAAAAAGAACUUUCAGGAGACGCGAGUCACUAAAUAAACACUUGCCUUCAUUUGGCUUCAACGGUAGAGGCACUUCUCAUCAUUGUGUGAAUUUCUUAGACCCCGUAAGUGUUUUCUUGUUAACUAAAACGCAUACAUUUUUGUGCUUUUUGACCUUGAAUCGACUGAAACGAUGAAACUGAAACGGAUGCAUCAGAAGACAGAAGUUUUGGAAAACAGUCGAACUGAAACUGGACGCUUUUGUAAGAGGAAGUCUAUAGUUUUAUGGUCCGUGGAGAAAAGCGGGGCAUUUUCAAACGACGCUAUGUCGUAUCAUGAAAGUCUUAGAACAGUAUGGGACACACACAUUGUAACAGCAACAACAACAUCACCAAACAAAAGUUUCUGCGAAGACAUUUAGUGUGGACGGGGUGCAGUAAUCUCUUGUGGCGUAAUAUACCAGUGGCCACGUAAGCCAUCGGAUCAGAGUAAAUAAAACUGCUCUGUAAAAUUCUUGAUUAAGCCGUUUAUUUGUUCAGAGACUUGCCUGAUCAGUGAAAAGUGGAAAGUAAAAUUAAAAAAUGUCCACUCUCUACUACCCUUACUGAAGACAGGACCACAGCUACAUGCAAAUGGAUGCAACAACUCCCGUGCAACAUUUUUGGGUCAACAAUGCGGACAAAAAUUUUGUUGUGACCUACAUAGCAAACACCAGGGCGGCGAGGGUCAAAUGCAGAAUAUGUGGCAUGGUAUGAGUACGGAAUAGCAUAAUUAUGCUGAAUGUAAUAUAUGCAGAAUGGUUCAAAGAAAUAAAUUCAACUGUAAAGCGCGCGCGGCACAGCCGCCCAGAAAAUGGCACAUGUUCCACCGGCUUGAAGACGCCCAUUUCAGUUUUAGUUUCUAUUUCAACUUGUCGUUGCUUAAGCUCCCUAUAGUCGUAUUGAGGACCACUUCAAACGAAGGAUGACGAAAAUACCAGAGCAAGGUGCGACAGAUUGUCAGGUUAAUAUAGGAAAAGUCACAACUGUGGUUUCAGUCUUCCGCAAUUUAAUUUGUAACU